GUAAGAAGCAGACAUUGCUCAAGAUGUUGGCACUACUCAGACCUAGAAUUUUUGGUGGGGAUUUCAAAAGAACCAUCCUGACAAAACCAGACAUUGCCAGCGCAUUGCUUAGAUCUCCCUCUCUUCAGUGUUUACAUAUACAGGUUGGAGACAAGGCUGAGCUUACUAAAGCCUUCACCCAGAAGGAUGUUGUUAGUUUUGCUGCCUUAACUGGGGACACAAACCCACUGCAUUUGAAUGAAGACUAUGCAAAGAGAACUAGAUUUGGGAGAACAAUUGUACAUGGAGUUUUGAUCAACGGACUUAUUUCUGCAGUUAUAGGUACUAAAAUGCCUGGCUAUGGUUGUGUGUUUCUUUCUCAGGAAAUUCACUUCCCAGCUCCCUUGUACAUUGGAGAAGAAGUCUUAGCUGCAGCAGAAGUGACGAGACUGAAAAGAUCUGUUGCAUACAUUUCAGUAUCAUGUACUGUUAGGGAAAGUGAAAAGACUGUCAUGGAAGGGAUAGUGAAAGUCAUGGUGUCAGAAGGUUAGCGCUCCUGACUGCAUGGCGCUUUAUUCUUUAGUAAAAUUCAGAAGUAUGUGGCGGGGGCCUCACAUGUAUGGUACCUCAAACCUUGGUAGGAGGAAGCCUGCAGAAACAGUAACAGCUUGCUGUUCGUUUUGAGAGCUACUGUGCCUUGUAGGUGAGAGAUGUAAAACAUCACUUUUGAUGGCCUGUAAGGACACACGAAGAUCAGUGUGAUCCAUACUUACCUUACAUCUAUUACCAUUGUGUGCCACCAAGCCUAUUCUGCUUCCUAGCUCAACUGUCUUUCACCAAAAUAAACACCAUUCUUUACUGGAAGCUUUUACAAAGAAAUGUUUACUUCACGUAAUGUUCUGGUGUUGGUCAAGAGAUUCCUGUCCCCUGACUAGUAAACAUAGAGCCAAGAUAAGUAUCUCAGAUAAAUACAUAUAGUAUUCUCUUGGUUCCUUGUUACUAUUGCACAAUAUGUGCCACAUUUUAUAUGUCUGAUAUAUUGAGUUUUGAACUCUUGUUUGGUUUGAGGUUCUAGAUAUGGCAAGGGGCCAGAUCUCUCUCACACAUAGCCCCCCUUCUGUGAAUUCAGUGAAGUCUAAGGGCCUACAGGGGUGAAUAAAGCAGCAGCAUUGGAUUCAUAUUAACACAUGCAUGUCAUCCUCUCCCCUGACUUACAAGAAUAAAAAGCUUUUAUUCAAACGCUGCCUUAUUAGGGUAGCUCUGAUGUUUCUUUCACAAUUAAUGCAUUGUUCCACUUAAUUUUCAAGCGAAAGGAGUCAUUGGAUUUAAGGCUAUCAUUAAGCCAAACAAAAAUGGUCCUGUGUAGAGGUCUUGGAUAAACCUCCUACCACUGCUAAACUUACAAACUAAAUGUCAUGUGCAACCUGUCACAAAUGAAGGAACUCUUAAAACUAAAUUAUAAGGGAACUUUACAGACAUGUGGCUACACAUGGUAGCUUUAUGAGCUAAAUCCUUUAUACUCCAGAAUUGCUUAUUGGGUGAUCUGCUUUGGAAAGAGGGUUUUUAAUAGGUCUGUUAUUUCAGACAACACAUGGAGCCAAAUGUGUAUGAGAGAGACAGGCAGAGUUUGAUCAGAUCAGAAUAAACAUGGAGCCAAGAUAAGUAUCUCAGAUCAGAAUAAAUUAGGUGGCUGCUGUAACCUUAAAUUUACCUGACAAGGUAGUUAUCUGCCCCCUAGUAUCAUAGUGUUUGAGCAGACUCUUAAACUUAAACUUUAAUGUAUUUAUCCUCUAAACAGACCCGUGAAGUCAGGAAGUGCGAUGAUCCCUAUUUUUCAGAUGGGGAAGUAAGGCCCAAAGUGACUAGGGGACUGAUUUUUGAAGGUAUGUAGACAUCUAAAGCUGCAGCUAAGCACCUCGUGGGGUUUCCCAUAGUACCUAGUCACCUAUCAUCAUAUUUUGAUGUGUAAUACCUUUAAAAAUACUGGCUGCAAAAAGUCAUAUGGGACAUUUGCAGGGAAUUAAACCUGGGGUCUCCAGAGUCCCAUGCUAACACCCCAAACUCUGGGCUGUACUAAAUAGCGAAGUCUGACACAUUCUCGAGCUGCAGGAAUCAUAGAACUGAGGGGACUCAAGAAGUCAUCUAGUCCAGUGCCCUGCACUCAAGGCAGGACUAAGUAUUAUCUAUACAAUGUAAGCUAGAGCAACGUGCUGUGUAUCUGAUGGCAGAGUUUGCCUCAUAACUUACUCUGUGGAUACAAUGGAUAGUCAAAGUACGCUAGGCUGAUUUCUGCUUUAGCAGCUGUAGUUUCUUUUCUCUCUUAAAGUUAGUCUCAUUCCAGGUCUGUUUAUGAUAUCUAUAUAUACUAAAUCUCUAGGCAUGCUUACAUUAAGAAUGAUACGUUGUGAAAAACAGAACUGCCAGCCAGAAUUAGGGGGAGAGACAGACAAAGCAAACAUCCUUUCUUAGACCUUAGGCUUUGGACUCUGUGGGAGUUUCUUGGAACCAUUGCCAGAAUCAAGAGCUUUCUACUGACCAAGCCUGUGUCCCACUGUACAAAUCGGGGGUCUGUCAGCUUGAGCGGAGCAGCUGUCUUCUGUGAGGGUAUGGUAGCCUUUAGACUUGUCCCAUACAGGGCUUUAUAAAUCAAAAUUGCAGUUGAUUUUUUAAACACGCAAUAAGUCAAUCUAGCCUUUCAAGCUGAAGCAAAUCUUUGAUCUACACUUCUGAGUUUUAGAUUUAAAGCUCAGAGAAUGGUCAUGUUUAAACAGCGCAAUUCUCUGUUCAAAUGGCAAUCAACUAAAAAAUUGGUGACAGCAAAAUGUAGUGGUAGUUUAAGGACAGCAAGAACCCGUAAUGUACAUCUGGUUCUUUAAAAAGUUUUUAAAGGUAUCCAAGACAUUUUAAACUGCACUCUAGAGACAAUAUUGUGAACAAGAUAAAAGUAAGAGGUAGCUGCACAAUCAGUGACUUUAUAAGAUGAAACAAAGAGUAAAAUAAGAGUUUGUUUAUUUGAAGGCAAGUGUAGUCCAUUGAAUUUCAUGACUUUCAAGCAGAUCUCAGUUUCAACUGCUGUUGAUGCAACUAAAA